AUGGAGUGCUCACCGGAUCAGAGCGAAGCAGCUCUGACUACUGUCGAAGCACUCUACAGAAACUACCCCGAUGUCAUUGUAGAACAACUCGGACUGCAGAAUUGUCUGGAUACCGUGAUCGGCAAUGAGUUGAAGCGUGGUGUAUCAGGUGGCGAGCGUCGUCGUGUGACGACUGGCGAGAUGGAGUUCGGUAUAAAGUACGCCACGUUCAUCAGCACGGGUUUCGACAGUGCCGGAAGUGUUCCGAGCUGUUCGACAACAUCUUGCCAUUGA